AAUUUCUUUCCAUUCGUGCACGUUAAUUUCAUCCUCAUCAAGAUGCCGUUCAAAUCCCUCCACCCAGAUCUAAGUAUUCCAGAAACUGACGUCCUAACGUAUCUCUUCCCUCCACUUGAGACGCCGAGCAAAGAUCCACUAUGGAUCGAUUCGAAAGACCCAAGCAUCUCGCUAUCGCCAGCAGAGCUCUUUCUUUGGGUUAGGCGCCUCGCCCUGGGCCUCGAGCGAACAGGUGCCAAAAAGGGAGAAGUUAUUAUGAUUUACACACCAAACCACAUAUACGUGCCAGUCGCAUAUCUGGCGAUCUUGAGCGCAGGCUAUGCCUUCAGUGCCGCAAAUCCCGCCUAUACUUUGCGUGAAAUGAUCCAUCAAAUUAAGAACACCGAAGCAAAGGUAAUCCUUGCUCAUCCAGAUAUGAUGGAAACUGCGCUCGCGGCGGCCUCAAAAUCCGGGGUCCCUUCUUGUCGCAUCUUUCAGUUCUCAGAUUCCUACUGCCCCCCACUUAAAGGUAUUAAGGACUGGACAACUAUGGCUGCUACCCCACAAGAAGGCGAGCGGUAUAUUUGGAGGAAGCUCACGCACAAACAAUCCAAAACCGUAGUUGCAACAAUCAACUACUCGUCUGGAACCACUGGACCACCAAAGGGAGUUUGCGUCAGCCAUCACAACUUGAUUGCGAAUGUCGAACAAACGAUAUACAUGCGCUUUCAAGAAAAGCCGUACGCAUACGCCAAUCGCCCACAAGAGCGAUGGAUUGGCUUCCUCCCGCUUUAUCAUGCAUACGGCCAGCUUUACACAAUACUCAUGGCCGUGAAAUUGAAGAUUCCGGUCUACGUUAUGAAACAAUUCGUUUACCGCGAUUUCCUGCAAGCCAUCCAAGAUUACAAGAUCACAACCCUUCAAGUCGCACCACCGAUUUUGGUCAUGCUUGCGAAGAGAGCCGAGACAACCGAGUUUGAUAUCAGUAGUGUGAAGGAUGUGCUAUGCGGUGCAGCGCCGCUGUCAAAAGAGUUGCAGAAUGAGUGCAUGGCGCGCUUCGGAUUUAACGUCGUGCAAGGGUGGGGGAUGACCGAGGUUACAUGCGGUGCAAUUCAUGUGCCUGGGGGGAGGAGAGACGACACAGGAAGUGUGGGUGAGCUGGAUCCGAAUUGCGAGUGCAAAUUGCUGGACGAUGACGGAAAUGAGGUUGGUGUUGGAAAACCAGGAGAGAUGUAUAUCCGGGGCCCAAACGUCUGCCUUGGUUACUGGAAAAACGAUGUUGCCACAGAGGAAUCAAUCAGUUCGGAUAAGUGGUUAAGAACCGGUGACGUGGCGGUUAGGAAUGAAGCUGGAUCCUUUUGGAUUGUGGAUCGUAAGAAGGAACUCAUCAAGGUAAACGCAUUACAAGUUGCUCCUGCUGAGCUUGAAUCUGUUCUUCUUGAGCAUGAGGAUAUCGCUGAUGCUGCCGUGGUUGGUAUCACCCUACAUAGCGAAGAAUGGCCAAGAGCAUACGUUGUUAUGCAAGAGCAUGCGAAGGGCAAGGUAACACCUCACGAUAUCCAGCAAUGGAUUAAGCCUAGAGUAGCAAAGCACAAAUGGCUUGUAGGAGGAGUAACAUUUAUCACAGAUGUGCCCAAACUUGCUAGCGGAAAAAUUCAGAGGAAAGUUGUGAAAGAUUGGGCAAAGGAAGAUGCAAAGAUAUUAGAGACUAAAACCAAAGCAAGAUUUUAGAAGCACAUGAAAAAUGAAAUCAUGUUAUUUUUCGAAAGUAAUUUCUUUACAUUAAAGUUGGCCGCUCCGCCAAAGCAAGUAGCUGUAGUUAGGA